ACGGAAGGGACGUCGGGAAGGAGGAGCGAGGAGAGAAGCGCUGCUGCAAGGCCGGCUUUCUCGUUCUGCAUCCCGCGGGGCUUUCGGGCUGUCGCUGGGAGAGAAAGCCGCGGCUGGCUCCUGCGACCUGCAACAAGCCUGCGGGCUGUCGCCACGGCCCGAGCCCUUUUUUUGGCUACCGGUCGCCUUUGCGCGCCUCCCCGGUUUCCUUUGUGCGCCGAGCACCACGCCUCUUCUGGGCAGGUGGCGGCAUGGGCAGAAAGCGCAAAGGGGGGCUGCCCCCUCUGGACGGACCGGGCCAGAAAGUCAGAGGAGCAGCUGCAGAGGCCGCCUCGGGUCCGGCAGCUCCCGAGCAGGAGGAUGAUUUUCAAGAGGCAAAACCAAGUAAGUCUAAGGCUUUGUCUGAAAAAAGAAAGAGAACUUGUGAGAGGAGUGUCUACCAUCCACCCUGCAGGAAUUCAAAGGCGGCAGCAAACUCCAGAGUCAAAGUUGAUUAUAACAUAGAAAUAGAAGAUAAAGAGGGAAUAUGCAGUGGUUUGCAGAGCACUUUUCUGCAGGAAGAGACAUGUGUGAAAAGAGAGCCCGCCAUCAAAAAGAUAGAGGAUGAAGAGGAGGAGUCAUGUAAAAAAAGAAAACCUGCCAUCAAAAAGAGAAAGGAUGAAGAUGAAGAGGAAAGUGAAGAUGAGUGGGAAGAUGUGGAAGAACUCUGUGAGCCUGAGAUAGGGAUUCUGAAAGACAUUUCUCCAGUGCCAGCUCUGCCCAACAAAAUGGUUGAGAUAGAGAUUGAGACACCAGAACAAGCAAAGAAAAGAGAGAGAAGUGAGAAAAGGCAAGCUGAGUUUGAGACAUAUCUCCGAAGAAUGAUGAAACGCUUCAACAAAGAGGUUCAUGAAGAUAUGCACAAGGUUCACUUGCUGUGCUUGUUAGCAAAUGGUUUCUAUCGGAACAGAAUCUGCAGUCAGCCAGAUCUCCAAGCGAUCGGCCUUUCCAUAAUCCCAGCCCACUUUACAAAAGUACCUACGGAUCGUGUAGACCGCUUAUAUCUGUCAAACCUUGUGAAAUGGUUUGUUGCAACCUUUACUGUCAACAGUGAGCUCUCUGAUAUUGAAGAAAAUUGGCAGUCCACCUUGGAGAGGCGUUUCGCUGUUUAUGCUGCACGAGAUGAUGAAGAAUUGGUGCAUAUAUUUUUGCUCAUUCUGAGGUCUUUGCAGCUUCUGUGCCGGCUUGUCUUGUCGUUACAGCCCAUUCCUCUGAAAGAGACAUUAGGGAAGGGAAAGCCCCCAACCAAGAAGCGUUCUGUCAGUUUAGUCUCUGAGAAAUUGUCUAAUUCUGCCAAAAAGCCUAGAGUUGCACCAAAAAAUUGCUCAGGAUCAAAGAGCAAACAAAGAGCAGGCCAAGAGGAGACUUCAUCAAAGAGCAUAGAAGCUAACAGGAAACCAAAUACCCCUGAAGCCAAAAGGAAAAUAAGUAAAUCCACGGUACUGAAGGGUACUCAGAAAAAAAAGGAAUCUGAUGAUGGUGAAAACAACUUGAAGGGAAGGGAAGGGUUGGGGAGGCCCAAAAAUGACCGCCAACGAAGAGUGGCCUCAAAAGUGUCUUACAAAGAGGAGAGUGGAAGCGAUGAGGGCAGUGGCUCUGAAUUCCAUGCUUCAGAAGAAGACCAGGAUGAUAGCAGCAUCUCUGACGAUGAUUUUGCAAAUACUAGUAGGAAGCUUGGAUCUUCACGGGGAACACCGAAAGCAAGAAUAGCGUUUAAUAACAGACAGAAAUCUACUCCUUCAAUGUUGAAAGAACCUAAGAAUCCAGACAGUGUUGAACACUUGAGGAAAACUACCCCCUCAAGCUCUUCAAAGCCCCCAAAGAAAAGUAACAAAAUAAUUUCCAGUAGUGAUGAUGAAGAAGGAAGUCAGGAGCCAGUCACACAGAGAGGCGUGGAUCAGUGGGUGGAAGUUUUUGUUGAACGAGAAGACAAGUGGGUGGAUGUGAAUUGUGUUCAUGGCACAGUUGGUCAGCCUCCGCUGUGCUUCAGAUAUGCCACUAAACCAGUGUGCUAUAUCAUUGGCUUUGAUAACGACGGGUGUGUAAAGGAUGUAACACAAAGAUAUGAUCCGGCAUGGAUGACUUUAACAAGGAAAAGGCGUGUGGAUGCCCAGUGGUGGGACGACACUUUGAAUCCGUACAGAAGCCCAUUUGUGGAACGAGAGAAAAAAGAAGAAAAGGCGUUUCUAGCUCAGCUUCAAGACAAGCCCCUGCCAACAGCCGUUGGUGAAUACAAGAACCACCCGCUUUAUGCCUUGCAGCGCCAUCUUCUUAAAUAUGAAGCUAUCUACCCCGAGUCAGCUGCUGUGCUAGGAUACUGCCGAGGGGAGGCUGUGUACUCCAGAGACUGUAUCCACACACUGCACUCUAAGGACACAUGGCUGAAGCAAGCUCGAGUGGUGAGGCUCGGGGAAGUACCAUAUAAGAUGGUCAAAGGCUAUUCCAACCAGGCAAGGAAAGCACGAAUGAUGGAACCUGCAAACCGGGAAAAAAAGGACUUGGCGCUCUUUGGUCUCUGGCAGACAGAAACUUAUCAGCCCCCUAUUGCAGUGGAUGGAAGGGUUCCUCGAAAUGAAUUUGGGAAUGUGUAUCUUUUCCAGCCCAGCAUGUUACCAAUAGGCUGCGUGCAGCUAAAGCUUCCCAACCUUCACAAAGUGGCACGUAAACUGGAUAUUGACUGUGUUCCAGCUGUUACUGGAUUUGAUUUUCAUGGUGGCUACUCACAUGCAGUCACUGAAGGCUACAUUGUCUGUGAAGAAUACAGAGAGGUGCUUGUGGCAGCCUGGGAGAAUGAAGAAGUAGAGAGGGAAAAGAAAGAAAAUGAGAAGCGGGAGAAGAGAGUGUUGGGGAACUGGAAAUUGUUGGUGAAAGGAGUUCUGAUCCGAGAGAGACUGAGGAAACGUUACUCCACUAAGAAUGAAGCAGCAGAUGGCAUGAUGGGAGCACAGACUGGCUUUUCCUCUGAUGAAGAAGGACCAUGCUCAAAGACUGGAGCUGAAGACAUGACUGUUUCUUGGCCCCAAAAUCGGGAAGUGGAAAAACAGAGCAGGGAAGGAAAAAGAACCAGAAAGAGCCAGCGGGAGAAGAAAGGAGAAGCAAAGCAUUUGUUCCCAUUUGAGAAGCUGUAACCAGGAGGAGAGGUUGUUUUUUUCUUGAAAAAGGGCAUAUGUGACCUUUCAAACCAGCCUGUAGUUUCAGGCUUAACAAAUUACAUUUUUAUAUUUGCUAAAAACUGGAGACCUGGAAUUGUGUCAAUAUAUAAAUAUAGCAACAUUUGAGUAGGUGGCAUUUAAAAAUUCUUCAAAGAGUGUUUAUUAACUAGGCCACAAAAUUGACCUUUUCCAAGUGUGAAUAUUCCUGAAAAGCUCUGGAUCAUGUUUUAUUAUCUUUUAAGAGCUUUAGUUCUUCCACUUGUAUUUGUAGGGUUAUUAUGCAUAGAUGGCUUGACUGCGAAAAAGAGCAUACAUUUAUCAGAAGAGGCCAGUCUCUUAAGAGAAAUCCUUGUGAACAUUCUUCUUCCAUUGAAUAUUCUUGUAAUUUAAAAUUUAUUAGUUUCCCUUUCAUUGUCUAUUACUGUUGUUGUCUUUUGAUUUAGUUUGUUCAAAACACCUGGAGAAGUUCCCCAGAGGUGUCAUAAUUAGCUUCAAGGUAGAGUGAAUAGAAUUCUGUGCUUGUAAAUUGGUAAGAAUUCUUUCUGGUUCCAGGAGGUGGUAUUCUUCCACAUGUCAGAAACUAUUCAUUAGGACAUUCUUCUACACCAGCUCCAUUGAAAUAAAAUGACAGUUGUGUGACACCAUUGUGUUAUGGUCUUGUACAGCUUCUGUUUGUUUUGGUGGGGCUUGUACAGGAGCAUUUCUCAAUGAAUUUGUGCCCCAACACGUUUUAUUAGCACACAGGCAAAACUUUUUUCACACUUAAUGAAAAUUAUCCAAUUACUUGUGUGCCUUUUAAGAUUGCCUUGACUUAUGUGCACUUUUAUUGUGGGAGAAAUAUUCAAUCUGAACCAUGUCGUACCAUUUGAACCUGACUGCAGUUAGCUUUAGCACUUUAAAUACGUUCAAAAUUAUUUUUAUAUUCAAUCCUUGGCAAAAAAAUUAAACUCUUUAAUAAGAUCUGGUA